CCCGUGUGAUCAUGCCUAGAAGGUACUACCUGAGUUAUUAACUGUGGCUGUCCUGGCCCUGGCAGAGUUGUGGAAUUAUUCCUCCACCCAUCUAGGCUCCAAUUUAAUCUAGUGGGAUCAUUUUCUCACCCACGAUGGGAGUGCCUGAAAGUUGAUCCUGUUUUAAACUAUUUAUGAGUUCAACGUAGGAGUCGAAGAGAGAGAGCCACCAACCUCUUUUGCACCAGGGGGUUGAUAAAGAGAAGAAAACCUGCCAAGAGAUGUGCUUGAGUAGGAGGAGACUGCCCUGGCAACAGCCAAAUCCAGCCUAGGACAGCUCUCUCUCAAAAGGAGCUCAGCUGGUGACCAUGAGAACCCAAGGUAAAAGGUGUUGAAUGCAACUUCCUUGUUACUACAGUGUUGUGGUCAAGUCCCAAGGAAUAUGACAAAUCUGGAGUCGUACCUGAACAGGUAACUGCUGCUGGCUAACAGUGUAGAGGUGUGUGUCACCAUGGAAGACGCAAGCCCGUCUAGCAGUGUCGACGUGGACAAAGGCUUUGCCAUUGCAUUUGUUGUUCUUCUGUUUCUAUUUCUGAUAGUGAUGAUUUUUCGGUGUGCCAAGUUGGUGAAGAAUCCGUACGAGGCAAGCUCCACAACCACAGAAACACCUCUGAGCUGAAGUGUGAUAAAACCUGGGACACCCGAUUUCAAGAGAUUUGAAAUAUUUUAUACAGACUUUAUUAUCCAGACCUUAUAUUAUCUCACCUCCCCAUUUCUCGGCCUUCUCACUCUUGUAUUCCACAAUGGAUAUAGAGAGUGAGUUGAGAAUAAUAAUAAAAAGAGAUGAAACGCAA